AAAGUUCUCUCUGGUCAUCACUCAAACUUGAAAACAAACGUCUUAGAACGUACAAAAUCCAAUAUGAUAAAUAACUGAAACAAAUGUAGUGUAUUAAGAUAUUAAAACUAUUUGAUAAUAGUGUGGUAGCACGUAAGUAAAAAUGGAGAUAAUUAAUUCUCUGCUGUUAGCGAUUUCGCUAUGCGUUUUAUUAUGGGGUGUGGCCGGUCAGUAUGAAUGGCAGCUACGAGAUGCGGUUGAUGAAAUACGUGAAAAGAUCGACAAAGUUACAGCCGAUAACUGCUAUAUAACCCAUUUUGAUGACCUUUACCUUCCGGAGAAUUCAGUAUCACACCACCCCGAUGUGAAAGAAAUAAAUAUUAACCCCGUUUUCCCGAAUCGCACGGCGAUGUUGCAUUUACACAACAUGGCUAUGAACAGAGCGUUUUUCUGGAGUUAUAUUCUACAGUCACGGUUUAUAAGACCGGCUAUAAAUGAUACAUAUGAUCCGGGAAUGAUGUAUUACUUCUUGUCAUCGGUAGCUGACGUCGCUGCGAACCCUUAUAUAAACGCUAGUUCUAUUUAUUUUUCACCCAAUACAUCAUACACGUCUUCGUACCGUGGCUUCUUUAACAAAACAUUGCCGAGAUUUGCACCAAGAGCUUUCAGAGCUGAUGAUUUCAAUGAUCCAGUUCAUCUACAAAAGAUAUCUACCUUAAAUACAUUCCAUGUGCUAGAUUUGGGAGCAUUUGAGCCUGAUAGUUUGUCGAAAGAUUAUAGUUCAGAUUAUUAUCGGACCAAUGAAUGGUAUUUCAAAUGGCUACCUGACAAAGUAGAUAAACGACAUGACACAAAGACUACAUACCAAGUUGAGAUCAGAUAUGCUAAUAAUACUAACGAGACAUUUACCUUCCAUGGACCGCCCGGAAAUGAUGAGGUGCAAGGACCAGUAAAUUGGACCCGUCCAUACUUUGAUUGCGGACGUCUCAACAAAUGGCUGGUUGGAGCUGUGUCACCUGUAGCAGAUAUAUACCCUCGUCAUACACAAUUCAGACAUAUUGAAUUUCCAACGUAUACUGCAGCUGUUGUUAUGGAGAUGGAUUUUGAUCGAAUAGACAUAAAUCAAUGUAAUGUAAGUUUGGGGAACGAUCGACCGAAUCGAUUUGCCGGAACAGCACGAUGUAAACUAGAAACCACAGAAUGUGAGCCGCUGCACGGGUGGGGCUUCCGUCGCGGCGGCUACCAGUGCCGCUGCCGGCCGGGCUACCGCCUGCCCAGCAUCGUGCGCAGACCAUACCUCGGAGAAAUUAUAGAAAGAGCCACCUCAGAUCAGUACUAUAAUAACUUCGAUUGCAAGGAGAUUGGAUGGGUGCAAAAGUUGCCCGUGAAGUGGGAGAAGGCGCACCCGCUGCUGCGCGCGCUGUACGCGGACCGCUACUACGAGUACGUGAACGCGAGCGCCGGCGCGGCCGCGCUGCACGCAGAGCGCCUCAACAUCUUCGAAGUGCUCAACUUCAUCAGAGGUGUGCAGCCCCAUAAUUGUUCCAAAUACAAAGCAACAGAUCUGUUUUUAAACGGCGACAUCGCGUUUGGCGCUCCGGAGCAGUUUGAGAACCAGGCCAAGAUGGCGGUGCGUCUAGCUAACUUUAUCAGCGCAUUUUUACAGGUUUCGGACCCUUACGAAGUGUUCAGCGGGACCCGCGUGGCCGACAGACCUCUGACCGAGGACCAGAUGAUAGGAGAGACCCUGGCCAUCAUCCUCGGAGACUCUAAGAUCUGGUCUGCAGGUACUUACUGGGACAGAAAUAAGUUCACAAACAGGACUUACUUUGCCCCGUUCGCUUACAAGACGGAACUAAACACAAGGAAGUACAAACUGGAGGAUCUCGCUCGCUUGAAUAAAACAGAGGACGUCUACACGAACAAGCAAUGGUUUCAAUUCCUAAAACAAAGAUGGUCGACGAAUUUCGAUAAUUUGGAGAAAUUCUUCCUUAAAAUGAAAUUACGUGAUGAUGAACUUGGUGUACAUUUGCGUCAAUAUGAGAAAUAUCCUACUUUCUAUAGAGCAGCUAAUAUAAAGCACGGUCACUGGACGCAGCCCUACUACGACUGUGAGGGUCCUCUCAAACAGUGGGUGGUGACGUACGCCUCACCAUUCUUUGGAUGGGAUAAUGUCAAAGUUAAAUUAGAAUUCAAAGGCGUGGUGGCGGUGACGAUGUCGCUGAUGUCGUUAGACAUCAACCAGUGCCCGGACAAGUACUAUGUGCCUAAUGCAUUCAAAGGUACAGAUAAAUGCGACAGGAAAUCAUCAUAUUGUGUUCCAAUCCUGGGUCGUGGGUUUGAAGCCGGUGGAUACAAAUGUGAAUGUCUCCAAGGAUACGAAUAUCCAUUCGAGGAUCUCACCACGUACUAUGACGGACAAAUAGUGGAAGCAGAGUUCCAGAAUAUAAUAUUAGACAAAGAAACUCGUAUAGACAUGUUUACUUGCAGGUUAGCUGGCGCCGCCGCUGUACAGAGUAGUUUAGUUAUUAUUAUAGCCGUAGUGGCGCUAGUGUUGGAACUCAGGUAAUACCAGUGUUGCCAGGUGUUUUUGGUAACCAAAGAGGUUAUUGACUAAGACUUUUUUAAAUCUCAUAAUUUGAAUCUCAAAUUAACUUGUACCUACAAUUAUUUAGAUCUAUAUUAUUUGAUCAAGUUUGUUAAAUUUUAUUGUGAGAGCUAACAAUAGAUUUACAAUUUUAUGACAAUUUUUGACAUUAUCAAGGGGAUGCGUAUAUUUAGAAUUUGCAAGGAAAUAUUUCCAUAUGUUAAGGAAACUCUACCCUUUUUUCAUUGUCAUAAGAUUCUUUACGGUAGCUGUCAUUUUAUACAAUUUUCCAGAUCUAUACAAAUUUUAGUUUUAUUUUUUCUAAUAAUUCUACCAAAUAGCAGGUAGAUUUCUUGUUUGACUCUAAAUGUAAUAUCUCUUUAGUUACAUUUUGUUUUACGAAUAAGAAUUCUGAGUUGCAAGGUUAAAGCUCAAAGUGUUUUUUACAAUAUUCCGUUCGAAACUACCCACUUUUUUAAAUUUUAAACUAUAAUUAGAAAUUAAGCAUUUAGUUU